AUCCACAAACCUCCACCAUGAAGACCAACGUUUGGAUCCUGAUAGCUGUUUUGGCCCUCGCCUGGGCUAACAUGGUAGUAAGCUACUCUUCGGAGUCCGAUGAUGAUGACAACGAACUCACCGAUGAAGACCUGUGCGACGAGGGACCACCCAUGGACGUCGAAACACACAAGAGCCUGAAAUGUUCAUGCACAACCAGCUAUAUAGUCACUUCCCCAGACCAGCACAGUUAUAACAGGCUCUUCAAAAAGAUCGACAAAUUGAAAGCAUGCCGUGACUGCUCCACAAUAAAACGAGCAUUCACCGAUGUUCUCCUCAUUGUCUCCGUUGAAACCACAGAAAAGUGUGCUAUAAAGUUAGCUAAGAAAGGUUAUCUUGUGGAAGAGAACUCGGUACAAGAAGUCGGCGCUGCUCUGCCUACCCUGCCCGUCAAGCUACUGGACCGAAUCGAUCAGGUAGAUCUUCCCCGUGAUGGAGCUUCUUAUGACAGAAAUGAUGCGACAGACGUGACUAUCUUCAUUCUUGAUACUGGAGUCCUGUUUACUCACGAUGAGUUUACCAACGGCCGCGUCAGCUUUUAUAACGAUACCGUUACACCAAACUCGCCCAUUAUGGUGGACGUCAAUGGACAUGGGACCCGCUGUGCGAGCGUAGCCGCCGGAGCCAACAUAGGAGUCGCUCAGGGCGCGACCGUAGAGAGCAUUCGGGUAGCUGGAUCCGAUGGCUUAGCCGCCGCUGAUGACGUCCUCGCAGGGCUUGACGACGUUCAACGGUGGUGGAACAACAACCCAGGUUCUAAGUGUGUCGUCUCCUACUCACUGAUUUCCACGUCCUUUAGUACGACACUCAACUAUGCUUUCGGGAACCUCAGCGCGAACACCGAUUGCGUGGUCGUCGUGGCAGCUGGAAACCAAGGUUCGGACAUCAGCAUGGCUAAUGCCUGUAACUACUCUCCGUCUGGAUCACCUGAUGUUAUCACGGUCGGAGGGUCGAGAAACCGUAUGAAUGGCGCGAGCGAUGAUCGUAUCGGAAUCUCCAAUUACGGUCCUUGUGUCGACAUCUACGCCCCAGCAAGAAAUAUCGACCUUGCUGCCCCUUCCGGAAGCAGUAAUUCCAACUACCUAAGAUCAUCCGGCACCUCCUUUGCAACCCCUGCGGUGGCAGGUGCUGCCGCCAUGAUUCUGUCCACCACUAGCUUGACACCUACUGGGAGUGAGACAAUGACCGAUCUCGUCCUGGACAUCCUUAUUGCGACAAGUGCCAAGGACAAGCUGACGAGUCUUCCAGCUAGCAACGCCGCGGUUUUACCCUCCUUUAACCGCCUUCUAAACGUUGUCAGCAAUACUUACUACGCAUAAACCCCCGGUGGGUGUAGUUGGUGAUGACAAUGUACCAUGGUGAUUGACA